UCCUGCUUUUUGAUAGAUUCGAAGUCCUCCUGCCAAAGAAUGAACUUGAGUUUCUGAUGUUAAUGUGUGUGGAAAAUAGAUUAUAAAUGUUAUGCUUAAAGACGUGACGACUAAAAGGACAUUAUUACGGGAACAAUGGCCAGCACUAUGGUAGCUGUGGGUCUCGCCCUUGCAGCAGCUGGAUUCGCAGGUCGAUAUGCCAUGCAGGCCCUGAAACAGAUGGAGCCCCAGGUGAAGCAGGCUCUCCAGUCUUUUCCUAAAUCUACGUUUGGAAGUGGUUACUACAGAGGAGGAUUCGAACCCAAGAUGACGAAGAGGGAAGCGUCUCUCAUCCUCGGAGUCAGUCCCACAGCCAACAAAACCAAGAUUAGAGAAUCGCACAGGAAGCUGAUGAUCCUAAAUCAUCCUGACCGAGGUGGAUCUCCGUACAUCGCAGCAAAAAUAAACGAAGCGAAAGAUUUACUGGAUGGACAAGCCAAAAAAUAGUUUAAUACUCAGUGAGUGUUUCAUUAAACUCGUCAAUUGUA